UCUUUUUUCCUUUUUUUUUUUUUUUUUUUUGUGUGUGUGUGUGUGUUGUUGAUUUUUCCUUCCUCUUCCAGAGCCUCGAGCGAGUUCGCUGGGCAGGAGAGGGGAAAAAAAAUUACUGAACCAGAAACAAGCAACAACAAAACCCACACACACCUUUUUGUAAAGGGAAUCCCUCUUUUUCUCCUGGAUUUGUGGAUGCACCGAUGAGAGAUCCAGCCUUCCCAGGGACUGCCAUGGCUUACCACCCCUUCCACGCACCCCGGCCGGCCGACUUCCCCAUGUCCGCUUUCCUCGCAGCCGCCCAGCCUUCCUUUUUCCCCGCUCUGGCUCUGCCUCCGGCGGCGCUGGCAAAGCCCAUGCCGGACCCCGGGCUGGCCGGGGCGGCCGAGGCCGGGCUCCACGUCUCGGCCCUGGGACACCACCACCAAGCCGCCCAUCUCCGCUCCCUCAAGAGCCUGGAGCCGGAGGAGGAGGUCGAAGACGACCCCAAAGUCACGCUGGAAGCCAAAGAGCUCUGGGACCAGUUUCACAAGCUGGGCACCGAGAUGGUGAUCACCAAGUCCGGGAGGAGGAUGUUCCCCCCGUUCAAGGUGCGGGUGAGCGGCCUGGACAAGAAGGCCAAAUACAUUUUGCUGAUGGAUAUAGUGGCGGCCGACGAUUGCCGGUACAAGUUCCACAACUCCCGCUGGAUGGUUGCCGGGAAGGCCGACCCGGAGAUGCCCAAGCGCAUGUACAUCCACCCCGACAGCCCUGCCACGGGGGAGCAGUGGAUGGCCAAACCUGUUGCCUUUCACAAACUCAAGCUCACCAACAACAUCUCGGACAAGCAUGGCUUUACCAUCCUGAACUCCAUGCACAAGUACCAGCCCAGGUUCCACAUAGUUCGGGCCAACGACAUCCUCAAGCUGCCCUACAGCACGUUCCGCACCUACGUGUUCCCUGAAACUGACUUCAUCGCCGUCACCGCUUACCAGAAUGACAAGAUCACCCAGCUGAAAAUCGAUAACAACCCCUUCGCCAAGGGCUUUCGGGACACGGGAAAUGGCCGGCGGGAGAAGAGGAAGCAGCUCUCGCUGCCGUCUCUGCGGAUGUAUGAGGAGCCCUGCAAGCCCGACCGCGACGGCGGCGAGUCGGAUGCCUCAUCCUGUGAGCCCGCGGUCGUGCGCGAUGCCCUCCACUCGCCCGUGGGUGCCCUCCCCAGCCCCCUGCGCCUCAAGGGCAACAGCAGAGAGGAGAAACCAGGGGCUGACAGUGACGCAGAGGUGGAGAAGGCACCCGAGGAGCGGCCGGCAGCAGCAGUCAGCCCCAGUGGGGAGGACGUGACGCCCCGUGGCAGCCCCCGGUGCCCAGAGGAGCGGAGCAAGGAGAGACACAGCCCGGAGAAGGUCAAGGAUGGUGCAUCCCCCCGGGAAUGCCCUGGUGAGGGCCUGUUUGGCACACGAGGCCUGGAAAAGGAUAAGGUGGAAGGACGGAGGAAAGAGCCAGACCCGAGCAAGAAGGACAUGGAGGGCAGUGGGCUAGGCAAGGAGGCCUUUGCCCCACUGAUGGUGCACACGGACAGCCCCCCACACCUGAGUGCUGGGCACCUGCAGAGUCUGGCACUCUCUGGCCUCCAUGGGCAGCAGUUCUUCAGCCCUCUGGGUGCCGGGCAACCCCUCUUCAUCCACCCAGGACAGUUUGCCAUGGCUCCCGGUGCCUUCUCUGCCAUGGGCAUGGGACACUUGCUGGCCUCGGUGACCGGUGGGGGAAGCCUAGAGAAUGGAGCCCUCUCAUCUGCCCCGAGCACGGCAGGGACAGCCACCCCCUUCCCUUUCCACCUCUCCCAGCACAUGCUGGCCUCUCAGGGAAUCCCGAUGCCCACCUUCGGCGGACUCUUUCCCUACCCCUACACCUACAUGGCAGCAGCCGCGGCAGCUGCCUCGGCCAUGCCAGCCACCAGCGCGGGGGCCGCCGGGCCGCUCUCCCGCAAUCCCUUCCUGGGCAGCAGCCGUCCCCGUCUGCGCUUCAGCCCCUACCAGCUCCCGGUCACCAUCCCGCCCAGCACCAACCUGCUGACCACCGGCCUGCCCACCAGCCUCAACCCCGGAUCCGAGGGCUCCAAGGCCAGCAGCAGCCGUGAAUCCAGCCCUCUCCCGGACGUGCCCCUGCACAAGGGGGGCAGCCAGCGCUCCACUGCCUCCCCCAAGGGCUCCCUGAAGGAGUCCCUCAACGAACUGCAAAACAUCCAGAGACUGGUGAGCGGGCUGGAGAGCCAGCGGGAGCUGUCACCCGGCAGGGAGUCCCCCAAGUGACCGACGGCGCGGGCAGCGAGCCCUCCGGCGGGGCGGAGAAGCACUGGUAUUUUGUACAGCACAGUAUAAAUAUUUAUUGCAGAGCAAGGGGCGGGGGACGAACAGGGAAGCGAGGUGCUGGAGCAGAGGGAUGGAGCCCCACCGGCCAAGCAGACCCACCACCCCAGAGGCAGGAGUGAGAGCUGGGAGCGCAAGGCUCGUCCGUCCCUCCAGCUGCGGGGUUGGGAGAGGCUCCCCGACUCCAACAUGGCCAUGGACCCCCCCGACCCUUCUGCUGCCCCGCUCUGGGCACUGAGCAGCUUUGGGGGUGCAACGAGACCAGGCAAAGCCCCGUGAUGAUGGGGCACCCCCGACCCCCAGCCCCAGCGCUGGUCCCGGGGAGAUGUACGGGGCCAAAACCUCAUCUGUGCAAAGGGGGUGGGGGGUGGGGG